AUGCCCAACAAACCCCACUCUCCCCCCGCUUUGAAAUGGGCUCUGGAUGGCCGCGAGACCGACCUCCUCCACUACAUCUACAGCCGACCCGAUAUUAAGCAAAUCCGCGGAAACCCGGCCAAAGUCCUCCGCGCCAUUGACGACUACGUCGAACAAUUCAACAUCCUCAUGAACAUCGGCGCGGUCAAAGGCGAGUUCAUCACCGGCAUUAUCGCCGAGCGCAAACCCUCCGUGAUGAUCGAGCUGGGCGGUUACAUCGGGUACUCGGCUGUGUUAUUCGGCGACACCGUCCGCCAGAACGGCGGAAAGCAAUUCCUCAGCAUCGAGAAGAACCCCGAGAUGGCGGCUGUUGCUAACCAGAUUGUUGAGCUUGCCGGACUGCGCGAUUAUGUGCGGAUUGUUGUUGGUGCGAGCGAUGAGGUGUUGAGAGAGCUCAUCACCGAGACUAAGGAGAUUGAGACUGUCGAGUUGAUUUUCAUUGAUCACUGGCAGGAGCUGUACCGGCCUGAUCUGUGGCUGCUGGAGGAGUUGCAGGUGUUGAAGCCGGGGAAGAGCGUGCUGUUGGCGGAUAAUAUCAUCAUGCCUGGUGCACCAGUCUACCGUGAAUGGAUCCUCGCGACGCCGCAGGAGAAGAGGGAUAUCGUCAGCAAGUCAGAUGUCGGUGCAUUGAAGCCAAAUCCUAAUCUGGUGUAUGACUCGCGCGUGCAAGAGUUUGAAACUGCAUUUGGACGGGUGAGUCUAUCUAUUUGCCCUCUUUAG